AUGCCUGGCCAUGAACAGCAGUUGUUAGGAACUGAUUUGUUUGACGAAAAGUUUAAUUAUUUGUAUGAAGAUGGACUAAACUUGGAAGAUGAUGAUGAAGAGGAAAGCGAACUUGAUUCAGAUACCACGGAAAUAGAGGAACAACCAGCAGCAAAAGCAGUCAGUGAAUCUCAACAAAAUAAACCUGUGUUAAGCUCUACCUUGAGGAGUACUUCUCGAAAAACAAAGGGUCGUAAAAGGAAAAUCAACAAGCUUCACAGGUGUCCACACUGUGACCGAACCUAUCCGUUUCCAUGUGAACUGAGGCGACACUUGCCGGUGCACACCGGCGUCCUGCUACACCAGUGUGCCACCUGUUCCAAGUCCUUCAAAACACAAACUGAACUUAAGCAACACCAACUGUUCCACAUGAAGAUCGAGCCUACGAGUGCCCCACCUGCUCUCAAUCCUUCCGAAGGCUUGACAUUCUGA